AUGCCAUUUCCCUUGGGUAGUUUCGGCAAAUCUUCGCGAGAUGAUCGAGCCAGGGAUUGGAGCUCGCUUACAAGACGUCAAGAGCAAAGAGAUGUCUAUCUUAUAAAGUGGGGCCGUACACCAUCUUCUCCUUGGAGUUUCCACUACGCUCUUCUCGUUGCUCUUCAAUCCGGGGGUGGUUCACCUGAUGAAAAAACGAGAGGAUCCACAAUUGGCUGGGGCUCCAUGGAGAACGGAAAUUCCGCCAAACGAGGAGCAAAGGCAUGUGUCCGCGAUUUCAAUUAUGCAAACGAGCAGAAAAUGGAGAACACUUAUGAGUGGUUGGGAUGCACCGAGUUGAGCGAUGAACAAAUCAGCAAUAUUAUGUCAAAUUACGGAAAGACCUACAAUAUAGUGAUGAAUAACUGUCAAAGAGUCACCUGCAAGGUGGCAGACAAAGUCACUGAGACUUGGAAGCAAGAGGCAAGAGCGCAGGAAGAAGCAUACAAGAAAAAAGAAGGGCCUAAUGGAGGAAUGUACACGUUUUUCAAAUUACAGCGAGAGAGGCGUGAAAAGCAAGAAGGGCAGAAUAAAUUUGGCUGGCCCCCCGAGUCUCCCAGAGACCAAGGAACCCAAGCAGUCUCGCGAUUAGGCAUGGCGUCGCUUGGUCUCUAA